AUGAUAUUUAAAAAUCGGAAAAAUAUAUUUUAUGUGGAAAUAGGGAUUAUUUUACUGUCUGGAAUAGGUGGUCUUUUCGCUUUAAUUAGUGUAUGCUUCAGAGGCUCAUGGAUCUCUCAAGAAUAUUUUGAUCAAGUACAUAUGCAUAGGAAUCGAGAUCAUUUGACUAAAUGUGAAGCAUCUUGUUGGCUUGCAAUAAUUGGAACAAUAUGUUGCGUAACCUCAUCAUUUAUUGGUGCAUUGAGAAUGAGAUAUUGCAAUGUUAAGGAGACGAAAAAGUAUAAAACAGCACAAUUCAUUAAUUCAAUAGCUGGAUUUAUUAGUUUGUUAAGUUCCGUAUCUGUUUGGGCAGAUUUUCUUUGUCAUCUUCCAUAUGAACUAAGUACAACUUAUCAAAUGAAUACAUUAACAUUUAAUCAACAUAAACAACCAAUUAAGAACAGGAAAAUACUUAUACCUCAAUCUAACAGUAAUCAAACUAUUAUAUCAACAAUUUUUUCACUGUUACAUCUUUCUCGUAAUUAUUCUUUAUCUAAAUUGAUUAAAUUUAAAAAGAAUUUAAAUCAUCUUGAACAUUUACAUUAUAAUGCAAAUUAUUUAUUUGGUUGGGCAUAUUGGUUUUGUGUAGUAUCAGUUGUAUUCUUAUUUUUAGGUAAUUUAAUUUAUUUAAUGCGAAAAGAUUGUGAAGAUGAACGGCCAGUUGAAAUCGUUUAAAAAAAUAAAAAAAUUUGGUUUUCAGUUGACAACAAAAACUUCAAUAUGUUAUAAACUAAUGAAUCACUAUUGAAUGUAAUAGUUAAAUGUGUUAAUUAAUCUCGAAAAAAAAAGAAGUAAAUGAUCAUAAAUAAGAAAUAAUAUUUCACUUUAGAGUUUG